AAAAGCUUCAUCACAUUUUAGUUUUUAAGUUACUUUCAAUCUCAACUUAGUUUCGACAAAUUGUUGUUGUUUUCCAACACACACACACAUACGCAGAAGCAGAGACGCCAGAGUACCGGAAACGCAUUGAUGACGAGCGCACACGACGUCAUUUGGACAAUUGUGGGACGCUAGCGCCACCUGGCGGAUGUCAAUAAGGCCUACAAACGGCAGCCGCUCGCUUACGGCACCAGCGGGCCAACGCCAACAAAUUGCCCGAAGUCAACAGGAGCAACAGCCGGAGCAGCUGCUGGCUACGUCUCAGUCCUACUACAUAAUUGGGGAGCAUCGCUAUAGCUGGGAGCGCGCGCUUGGUUCCCAAAGUGGAGCCGGCGGCGCGCGUUUGCCUCCUCCGAUGUACAGUCACGAUCCGAGGAUCGGUCUCUUUGGAGCCGCAGCGCCGCAGCCACCGCCGCCUUCGUCCAACAAUCAGCCAAAUAAUCUGAAUAGCCCGUCCCAAUCUCACUAUUACCCAUCACCAGCAGCAUCACCACCGCAUUCGCGCAUUGUAGCCGGCUCAAAUAAUUUUAAUCAUCGCUCCCGCAAUACACGCAAUGCCCUGGGGCAGCAGCAGCAACAUCCACGCACUCAGCACCCAAAUGUACCCCUCAAUGUGGUGGCGCCACAGCAUCAGCAGCCGCAGCCGCAGCCGCUGCGUAACUCCACACGCAGUGCGGCUGGCAAUUCCACAUUUACACCAACGGGCAAUGUGCCGCCACACAGUGAACACUCCGUAAGGGCGACCUCAGCUGUGCAGCCAGUCGGAGCCGGUGUCAUACAAAUGCGUGAAAUUGGACGCAAGUAUCCAUUGUGGCUGCCCGAGUAUAAACGUCGCGCAUUCAAUGCCUCCAUGGAUGAGAAGUAUGUGGAUGACAUAUGGGCCACACUGAAAAAUGCUAUACAGGAGAUACAGAAGAAGAACAAUUCUGGCCUCUCCUUUGAGCAGCUGUAUCGCAAUGCGUACAAUAUGGUGCUGCACAAGCAUGGCAAUCGCCUGUAUCAUGGACUGAGCGAUGUCGUCUCGAAGCAUCUGGAGCAAAAGGUGCGGCAGGAGGUUCUCGAGCGUUUGCACAGCAAUUUUCUGCCAAAACUGAAUGAAGCCUGGACCGAUCAUCAGACCUCAAUGGUCAUGAUACGCGACAUACUCAUGUACAUGGAUCGUGUCUAUGUGCAGCAGCGCGGAUUGGAUAAUGUCUAUAAUUUGGGUCUUAAUUUAUUCAGGGAUCAGGUCGUUCGCUUUCCGGAAAUACAGAAAGCGCUACGAGAGAGGCUGCUGGGCAUGGUAAUGGAAGAGCGUCACGGCGAGCCGAUCAAUCAUUUGGCGAUCAAGAAUGCCUGCACGAUGCUCAUAACAUUGGGAAUCAAUUCGCGAACCGUUUACGAGGAGGACUUUGAGAAGCCUUUCCUGUCACAGUCGGCGGCCUUUUACAAAUUCGAAUCGCAGAACUUUCUUGCGGAGAACAACGCUGGCGUUUAUAUCAAGAAAGUUGAGGCGCGCAUCACUGAAGAAUCGUCACGUGCGGCUCUUUAUUUGGAUAAGGAUACGGAACCGCGCAUUGUGCGUGUCGUUGAGGAGGAGCUAAUUAAGAAACACAUGCGCACCAUUGUCGAAAUGGAAAAUUCGGGCGUGGUGCACAUGAUUAAGAACUCAAAAACCGAGGACUUAGCAUGCACAUAUAAAUUGUUCUCACGUUUAAAGGAGGAGGGCCUCAAAGUGAUAGCCGACACAAUGUCUGCGUAUCUGCGCGAACAGGGCAGCAUGCUGGUCAAAGAGGAGGAGAAUGGCAACACAAAUCCAAUUACAUUUGUGCAAAAUUUGCUCGAUCUCAAGGAUCGAUUCGAUCAAUUUCUGCUGCACUCAUUUAGCAAUGAUCGACUCUUCAAGAAUGUCAUCUCUGCUGACUUUGAGCAUUUUCUCAAUCUGAACAACAAAUCGCCCGAGUAUCUGUCGCUCUUCAUCGAUGAUAAACUGAAAAAGGGUGGCAAGGGCAUGAGUGAGCAAGAAAUUGAAACCAUUCUGGACAAAACGAUGGUUCUUUUCCGUUUCCUACUCGAAAAGGAUGUCUUCGAGCGCUAUUACAAGACGCAUUUGGCCAAACGUUUGCUGCUCAACAAAUCGGUCUCCGAUGACUUUGAGAAGAACAUGAUAUCCAAACUAAAGACUGAAUGUGGCUGUCAAUUUACAUCAAAGCUGGAGGGCAUGUUUAAGGAUAUGUCCGUGUCCAAUACGAUUAUGGACGAAUUUAAAAGUUAUGUAAAUAAUAACAGUUUUUCAUUGAGCGGCGUGGAGCUGACGGUGCGCAUACUGACCACCGGAUUUUGGCCCACACAGACGGCAACGCCCAAUUGCAACAUACCCGCAGCACCACGCGAGGCCUUUGAGGUGUUUAAGAAAUUCUACCUGGACAAGCACUCGGGUCGGCAGCUGACGUUACAGCCGCAGAUGGGCACUGCCUACAUAAACGCCGUUUUUUAUGGCCGCAAAGCGAACGACAGCGACAAGGACAAAGAUGGGCCAAGCUCAAGUUCAAGUGGCUGUGCUGUGCCUACCACAACGCGCAAGCAUAUAUUACAAGUGUCCACCUAUCAGAUGUGCGUAUUGUUGUUGUUUAACAAUCGGGAUGUGCUGACCUAUGAUGACAUACACCAAGAGACGGAUAUACCCGAGCGUGAGCUGGUGCGUGCGCUGCAAUCUUUGUCAAUGGGCAAGCCUGCACAGCGGUUGCUAGUGCGCAACUCAAAAACGAAAACAAAGGACAUUGAGCCCUCGGACGAGUUUUAUGUGAACGAUGCAUUUGUCUCAAAGUUCCACAGGGUAAAGAUUCAAACGGUCGCCGCCAAAGGCGAAUCGGAGCCGGAACGCAAGGAGACGCGCGGCAAAGUGGAUGAAGAUCGCAAGCACGAAAUCGAGGCGGCCAUUGUUCGCAUUAUGAAGGCGCGCAAACGCAUGGCGCACAAUCUGCUUGUCUCGGACGUAACGUCGCAGUUAAAGUCACGUUUCUUGCCCUCGCCCGUGUUCAUCAAGAAGCGCAUCGAAGGCCUUAUCGAGCGUGAAUAUCUGGCGCGAACGCCAGAGGAUCGUAAAGUGUACAUUUACUUGGCUUAAGGAGUGUCCGCGCGCAAAAGGCAUCCAACUCAUUCAAUCCGUUGGCACAUACUCAUCAUUUUGCAAUCGAAAGCUACUAAUCACGAGCAACUGCCCCAUCUCAUAUCCUCAAAUCCCUCCCCACCUCAUUUUCAACUUUUAUCAAUUCGCAAUUAAUCGGUAACACAACCAUCCACAACUUUAAUUAAGCGCCAAUGCAGUUACGAGCAUCCAAACUGGAAUCAUAUAUUUUGACCAAGAUGUUAAAUAGAAUUAUAUAACUCAAUAGACAAGUGCGAAAUUUGUAAGCCUGACAUUCAAAAUUGAACAGUUAUUGCUAAUCUUUAGAUGGUUAUGCAGCUCUCCUUCUUUCUCUCUCUCAUGCCAUUGCUAUCCAUAAUAUAAUUUCGACUAUUCUCUAAAUUCUUCGCAAUUUAUUUAACACAGUUUUUUAUAUUUCUUACCACACACAAGCACACCUUUUGAGGCACAAAACAUGCGCCACACACACAUUUACAAUAUAGCAACAGCAACAAAAUGUAUAGCAAUAAGCCACAUACACACAUUAUUACACACACACACACACACACACACACACAUGCACCAUGGAUGGAGAAGCGUAAGCGAAGCAAACGUAAGGAUAAAUGCAUAAUGCAAAAAUUAACUCUAAGCAGCAGUAUAAAUAUAGCUAAACUAAUAAAUUUCUAAAUGAAUAAUAAAUUUAGUGAGCGUUUCAUGUACAUUUUUACGUAACUCUCCCCUCUCCCAAAAAUAAAUACAAAAAAAAA